CUGGAGGCCAGUGAGGCUCCCGCCCCAGUGUUUCUUGCUUCUGGUCCCUCCUGCUUCAGUCGCCGCUGGCACAAUCCCUGGGACUCAGCAUCACUACGGGACCAGACGGGAACUACAUUGGACUGAGAUGGACCAGACACCCCCAACCUACAUGCUUGCUAAUUUAACCCUCUUACAUUCUGAACAGCUUCUGCAGGGCCUGAAUCUUCUUCGUCAACAUCAUGAGCUCUGUGACAUUAUUCUUCGAGUUGGUGAUGUUAAGAUUCAUGCUCAUAAAGUGGUGCUUGCUAGCAUCAGCCCUUAUUUCAAAGCCAUGUUUACUGGAAACCUUUCUGAAAAAGAGAAUAAUGAAGUUGAGUUUCAGUGUAUUGAUGAAGCUGCCCUGCAGGCCAUAGUGGAGUAUGCCUACACAGGGACCGUGUUUAUUUCCCAAGACACAGUAGAGUCACUCUUGCCAGCAGCAAAUCUACUCCAAAUAAAACUUGUGCUGAAAGAAUGUUGUGCAUUUCUUGAAAGUCAACUUGAUCCUGGAAAUUGCAUUGGAAUUUCACGUUUCGCAGAGACAUAUGGCUGUCAUGACCUCUAUUUGGCAGCCAAUAAGUAUAUUUGCCAGAACUUUGAAGAUGUUUGUCAAACUGAAGAGUUUUUUGAGCUCACACAUGCAGAUCUAGAUGAAAUUAUUUCAAAUGACUGUCUUAACGUAGUUACUGAAGAGACUGUUUUUUAUGCACUAGAAUCUUGGAUCAAGUACGAUGUUCAAGAACGUCAAAAGUACCUAGCCCAGCUGCUUCAUUGUGUUAGAUUACCAUUGUUGAGCGUUAAGUUUCUUACUAGGUUAUAUGAAGCAAAUCAUCUUAUUCGUGAUGAUCAUACAUGUAAGCAUCUAUUGAAUGAAGCUCUCAAAUACCAUUUCAUGCCCGAACAUAGACUUUCCCAUCAAACUGUCCUCACGACACGGCCUCGUUGUGCCCCAAAAGUGCUUUGUGCAGUGGGAGGGAAAGCUGGACUAUUUGCUUGUUUGGAAAGUGUUGAGAUGUUCUUCCCUCAGAAUGACUCCUGGAUUGGUUUGGCAUCCCUUAAUACUCCCCGCUAUGAAUUUGGAAUCUGUGUUUUAGACCAGAAAGUAUAUGUUGUAGGAGGCAUUGCAACGCAUAUGAGGCAAGGCAUAAAUUUCAGAAAACAUGAAAAUUCAGUGGAAUGCUGGGAUCCUGAUACAAAUACCUGGACAUCUCUUGAGAGGAUGAAUGAGAGCCGAAGUACCCUUGGAGUGGUUGUACUAGCAGGAGAACUUUAUGCUUUGGGUGGUUAUGAUGGGCAGUCUUAUUUACAGUCUGUAGAGAAAUAUAUUCCCAAAGUUAAAGAAUGGCAACCUGUAGCACCGAUGUCUAAAACUAGAAGUUGUUUUGCUGCUGCCGUGUUAGAUGGAAUGAUAUAUGCCCUUGGUGGCUAUGGUCCUGCUCAUAUGAACAGUGUGGAACGUUAUGAUCCAAGUAAAGACUCCUGGGAAAUGGUCGCAUCAAUGGCAGAUAAAAGAAUUAACUUUGGUGUUGGUGUUAUGCUAGGCUUCCUUUUUGUAGUGGGUGGACAUAAUGGUGUUUCCCAUUUAUCAAGUAUUGAAAGAUAUGAUCCUCAUCAAAAUCAGUGGACUUUGUGUAGACCAAUGAAGGAGCCCAGGACAGGAGUUGGUGCUGCAGUAAUUGAUAACUAUCUUUAUGUGGUUGGUGGUCACUCAGGAUCAUCCUAUUUGAACACUGUACAGAAAUAUGACCCUAUUGAAAACAUAUGGCUGGAUUCUGCUGGCAUGAUGUACUGUCGGUGUAAUUUUGGAUUAACUGCCCUUUGAGAAGUGUGAACUCACGGACACAAUGUGAUGGUGAAUCUUGCACUGCAUGAAAAGAUGCCCAGUUUUCCAAGAC